ACGUAUAUAAACGAUCGACCCCCGUUGGAGAUUCAUUCAGCAAUCAUCCCAGCUCCGGCUUGGAACCAACUAGUCAUAGUUAUAUAAGUUUAGUGUAGUUUUCAGAUUACCAACUAGUUAAUCAUCAUGUUGAAGUGUUUGUUAUUGGCGGCAUUAUUCGCCGUAACCAUCGUGCACAGUGAACCUCCAGUUUACCUUCCACCAAAUGACGGCCCAAGCACCUCAUACGGCCCGCCUGGGUUUCAACCGGGAACGCCUUUAGGACCCGGUGGUGGUAAUAACGGCUUUGGUUCAAAUGGUAGACCAGGUGCAACUUACGGAGCACCCAGCAAUGGUAACGGUAACGGACAUAAUGGAAAUGGAUAUAGUAACGGAAGACCAUCGUCAAUGUAUGGAGCACCGCAAAAUGGAAAUGGUAAACCAAGUUCUACUUAUGGUGCACCAAAUGGAAAACCUAGUUCGACUUAUGGAGCUCCCGGCAACGGGAACGGAAAUGGACAUAGGAAUGGUAAUGGUCAUUCAAACGGAAAUGGGCACUCAAAUGGAAAUGGACACUCAAACGGUAAUGGAAACGGAAAUGGGAGACCAAGUUCAACAUAUGGCGCACCUGGUCAAAACGGUUAUAGUAAUGGAAAACCAAGUUCUACUUAUGGCGCACCUGGUCAGAACGGUAACGGUUUCGGUAGUCCAAGCUCUAACUAUGGCCCCCCAAGUUCAACUUAUGGGAGUCCUAAUCUAGGAGGUUACCGCACUCCAGACAGUGACCAAACCCCUGGAUCUAGCUAUCUUCCACCUGGUAACGGAAAUGGGAACGGUAAUGGACAUGGAAAUGGUAACGGAAACGGUCAUGGUAAUGGAAAUGGUAACGGAUACGGUAACGGAAACGGCAAUGGAAAUGGUAACGGCAAUGGCAGAACAUACUUAGCACCAAAUGGUAACGGAAACGGCAAUGGAAAUGGUCAUGGCAACGGUAAUGGUCAUGGCAACGGUAAUGGUCAUGGCAACGGUAAUGGUAAUGGCAACGUAAACGGAAACGGCAAUGGCAACGGUUAUCCAAGUACAACAUAUGGAGCACCAAAUGGUAACGGAAAUGGUUAUCCACGUCCUGUUUACGGAGCACCAAAUGGUAAUGGUAACGGAAAUGGCAACGGUAAUGGCAAUGGUCACGGAAAUGGCAACGGAAAUGGUAACGGAAAUGGUAACGGACACGGUAAUGGAAAUGGUAACGGACACGGUAAUGGAAAUGGUAACGGACACGGUAAUGGUAACGGAAACGGACACGGAAAUGGAAACGGAAAUGGUUAUCCUCGUCCAACUUAUGGUGCCCCAAAUGGAAACGGUAAUGGAAAUGGUCACGGAAACGGUAAUGGAAAUGGUCACGGAAACGGUAAUGGAAAUGGUUACAGAAACGGUAAUGGUCACAGUAAUGGAAAUGGCAACGGAAACGGUAACGGAAAUGGUUAUCCAAGUAACACCUAUGGCCCACCCAACGGAAACGGUAAUGGAGUUGCACCAGUAUACGGUGUCCCCAAUGGAAAUGGAAACGGCGAUGAAGAUAAUGGAGUAGCAAGUUAUUCUUUUGAAUACCAAGUAGAAGAUGCCGAUGCUGGAUUAGAUUUUGGACACAAAGAGGAAAGAGAAGGUGAUGUUGCCACUGGGGAAUACAACGUACUUCUUCCUGAUGGUAGAAAACAAAUUGUUACAUACGUCGCUGAUACUGAAGGAUAUAAACCUGAAGUCAACUAUGAAGAGGGUGCAGGGGGAUACCCAGAUGGAAAUGGCAAUGGUUACCCAUCCGGCGGUCCCUAUUAAUUGCAUACCGUUUAGAUUGUUUAGCAGUACAAUUUUAUCUAUACUCGCAUCGCAGUACCCGUGUUAGAAACCGUUUCUCAUCAAAGCUCUUUCGUGGCCAUUUACUUAUUGUUCACGACAUGUUCGAGACUAUGUACUAAAAUUACUGCCACUCUAUAAUCGAUUUCAUAUCUCAUUCACUUAUUUACAUUAUUACCAAAUCCACCAAAUGUGUAGUUCACGCUCAAAUUUGUAUGUUGUAUAUACAAACCGUUACAUCAUUACAUACCAUUAUUAUAGUGAAACGAGUACAGUAGCAGUAGUUUUAUAUAUCAUAAAAGACGCUUCAUUAAGUAUUAAUUAGAUUAGUUGGUAUGAUUUUUUGUUGACGACUAUUGGCACAGUAAAUACGGUUACGAUUCAUCCGGUAAAAUAUGUAAUUGGUUAGGAAUAGUUCUUAUUUAUUCUAUUACGUAUUUUAUAUUUAUUAUUAAUUCUUUGUUUUCAAUAUAAAAAUAAGUCUAUAUAU